CACACACACACACACACACACACACACACACACACACACACACACACUGUUUGCCUGUGUGUUAUCUCCUCAUCGGUGGGUUGAGUUGGUCUGUGCUGCUGCUGAUGACAGAUCUGUGGAGUCGCCUCGUCAUCGCAUCAAUAAUUUACUCGUCAUGUCAAAACUUCCUUCACUGAGGCGACAACAACAAACCGAGCGGUCUGGAGCGACACGUGGAGUCUGAGCUUUUUAUAAGGAAGCUCACUUAUGACAAAAGCAUCACGUGAGCGCAGAACAGACAGAAGUUUGAGCUGAAGCUAAAUUAAAUCUAGAGGUGAGAGCAGAGAGCUGUGCAGAGGACGGAGGGUGAGUACCAUCCACGAUUCUGUUUUUAGAGAACUGAUCAGGACGAGUAGAAACUGCUGCUGCUGCUGCUGGAAACACUGACGGAACCUCGAGCUGAAAUGUCAGGGGUGAAACUGGUGAUCACAUCCUUCACUGGCACUCCAAAACUAGAAAAUACGUUAAAGUCCUGCGUUGAGAAAGAUUUCAGUAAAGAUGUAUUCAGAACUUUGGGAUGGAUUGUGUCAUGAUCCCUUCAGGAUGCUGUGAAAAGGACUUGAGUCAAAAUGAAGAUGGUGUUGAAAUAUGAGUUUAAAAGAAGAGACAGUAUGAAUAGUGCUUGAGUAAAAGUCUUGAAGUAACUGAUGACAGAUGAACUCCGGAUCAGAACAGAACCUGAUGAGACUCCAGGUGUUGUGACUGAGCAGCGGUUUGAUCCUUUAAUGUUCAACAGAUGUGACGACACGCUAAUGUUAAUGCUCCCUCUCUCUCCUGCAGCAUGGUGAACAGAUGAACAGCUAGCUAAGACCGACUCAAACACACACACACACACACACACACACACACACACACACACACACACACACACACAGUCCAUGAGCAUGUCGGCGGUGCACUCAGCCUCCCCUCCUGCUGAGGACCCGACCACGCCCCCACCUAUGACCACGCCUCCUCGCAAAGCCUCAGUCCGUCUGCAGGAGAGGCGGGGUUCAAACCUCUCUCUGCUAUUGGACGUGAGCACGCUGGGGGUGGAGCCUGUCUGCUCUGUCUCCACCCCGAAGGAGGUGUGGCUUCAGCUGCUUCACACCUCCUCGCGACCGCUCACACACGCGAUGCUGCAGCAGGCAGCCAUAGACACCAACACACUGAAUGUAGAGUACCAGAGGAUUCCUCCGAACUUUGUGAGCGCCGCAGAGCUCGAUGUUCCAGGUCACAUGAUCAAAGACCGAUACAAAACCAUCCUGCCCAACCCUGAGAGCCGGGUGAUCCUGAGGAGCCCAGAGGAAGAGGCGGGGCCAGACCGCUACAUCAACGCUAACUACAUCAGGGGUUACAAAGGAGCUCCUCGGUCCUACAUCGCCACCCAGGGGCCGAUGGUGCACACGGUGGGGGACUUCUGGGACAUGGUGUGGCAGGAGAGGAGCUCCAUCAUCGUGAUGGUGACCAGACUCAAGGAGAACAACGAGAAAUGUGAGCUGUACUGGCCACAGCCGAGGGAGAGGAGGAGGACAAGGAGGGUGAAGGAGGAGGAGGAGUAUGAGGAGCAGAGGGAGGAGGAAAAGGAGGAGGAAGGAGAGACGGGUCAGUUUGGCAGAUUCCUGCUCCGAGUGAAAGACAGCCGAGAGAAAGACGGGUUCACCAUCACUGACAUGGAGGUCCAGCUCUGUGCGGAGCGUCGUCCCAUCAGACACUACUGGUUCACCUCUUGGCCCGACCACCACAUCCCACAAUGCACUGCACCGCUGCUGAGACUGGUGGAGGAGGUCGAGACGUACAGCAAAUCCCUCCUACCGUCCAGCUCUCAGCCAAUCACAGCCCCCGUCCCGGGUCCUGGACCAAUCAUUGUCCACUGCAGUGCCGGUAUCGGCAGGACGGGUUGUUUUAUCGUCAGCAGCAUCGGCUGUCAGCAGCUCAGAGAAACGGGUCAGGUUGACAUCCUGGAGAUGGUGUGUCAGCUUCGCCUGGACAGAGGUGGUAUGAUCCAAACCACAGAACAGUACCAGUUCCUGUACUCCACGCUGGCCCAGUACAGCUCCCAGCUACAACACCACCAGAACCAGCAGAACCCAGAGGACCACGUCAGCAUACAGUUACAGAACCUCAAGCUGGGCAAUACGCAGGAUGUGAAGAACUGAUAGCAGACAGAACCUGGAGAACCAGCAGUCUUUACAAGGCCAAGUACACAACUAGAGAAGUCCAGGACAUGUCAGAACCAACAGGAUACAGCAGAUAUCUUUAACAGAACCAGAUGCAAACAAGAGAAUAAUUAAAUGGACCAACCCAUAGAGUUGUUGCACUUACAGAUUUGGUGGACCAGCAGAAUCAUCCCACAGAGGAAAGAUGUUCUGGUUCUGUUCAGUGCCAACCGCUGGAGGUCCUGAAGAACUGGAGAACCCAGAGCAUCGUGUUCAUCCUGGACUGGAGAUCUCACCGACCUCUCUCAACAGAACCAAGAAAACCAAGUAGAAACAAAAACAGUCAGAAAAAUGUAAUCAAGAUCAAAUUAAAUCAAAUAAAGAGAAAAUUCUUAUUUUCACA